CACACAUCGCCUCUCACGUCUGCGAGCAACCACGUCCGCUACUCACCUCUUGCUCUAACGACACCAUAUGCUCUUUCUUGCUUCUCUCAUGCUGUAAUGUCUGACGAAACGGAGGACUCCAAGCAAUGCCGCAUCUGUCUGGACGGGGAGGUACCGGAGCUGGGUAGGCUCAUACGCCCAUGUCUCUGCAAGGGUUCAAUUAGCUUCGUACAUGUGAAGUGUCUCCAGCGGUGGCGGAACACCUCCGCGUCCCGAAGUGCAUUCUAUGCCUGUCCGCAGUGCGGGUAUCACUACCAUUUCGCGCGCACACGCGUUGUCGGUAUAGCCACAAACCCAGUCGUUGUAGCGGCGCUAUCCACGCUGGUCUUCACAGCGAUCGUGCUUAUGAGCUCUUUCGUUACCACCUGGUUCAUGGGAGACCAGGAAGACACCUACUUCUACUGGGCGCCCAUUGACAUCUUCCGCACCCUCGUUCGCAUGACGGUCAACUUCUUCGACGACCGAAUGCUGGACAACCCCCUCCUCAGCCGCCGUGCUGGUUCCUUCAGGCUCCGGGAGCCCAGCAGUCCUCCCGGAUUCUUCAUGCGCCUGUUCCAGCGCUUUCUGCUGGGCCUGCCCGUUGUCGGCGCCGGCUCAAUUGCGCACAUGCUGCUGUCUAUACCGAUGCCGUUCCGAUGGCUGCGAAUGCGGACACGCCGUGCCGGUCGCGAGUCGAAAGAUUUGGUGGCGCUCAUCGUCUUAGCGGUGGUCAUUGCAGGUGCUGCCAGGGCGCUCUACAAGGUCUACCAGUUCACCGAGAAAAUGACGAAACGGGUGCUCUUGCGAGCGGAGGACGCUAUCUUGGAGGUUGGUUGAGGCAUGAGAACACGGUACAAAACCUGGAUGUCUCUUGGAUGGACUCUGUGCUUGAAUACAACGGCUUGGAUGCAUAAGUUAUUGACACGGAUCGAACGUUUGUAAUAUUUGCAUGUAGUCUCCACUAUAUAUAGCUG